AUGGAAGAACAACCUUUCUUUACCACGAUAAACUUGCAAAUAUCACCAGACCCAGUAAAUCCACGACCAACAACAUUUUCGCAAGGACAGCCCUCAUAUGCUUCUUACCGUGGCUCAACGGGCAGCACGACUGAAGAGGAAUCAUCAACACCGCCGGAUUUCGGUCCUCAAGCCGCCAUAUAUCCCUCUCAUUACUCUGUUUACUCCCAGAAUAGACCGCAUUCACCAUUCCUGCCAGUGCAGCCACCCGCACCUCAACAACUUAGAGCUCAACGUGUGAGUACUCCUGUCAUGGAUAUGCUGCGUACCAUGCAAGAGAGUAUAUCUCAACUGGCUACAGCACGCCAAAUGGAGGCUCUACAGGACGAGGUAGAUACCGUAAGGGAGGAGCUGCGUGUUGCCAGGUAUCACAUCAGGGUCAUGAAGGCAAAGCUGGAGAGUAUGGGGGAUCAUAUCGAGGAGAUUGGCGAGCAGGCCCUUGAGACGGGAGAGUUUGCUCGAGAUGUAAAUAACACGAUGCAUGUUCAGGUGAUGAACGAUCGACGACAUGCAUGGGAUGUGAUUAAUGACUUGGCUGCUAAGAUGUGCCGGACUUGCAGAGAAACACAUGGUGCCGCUUCAAACACAGUGGAUGUUGGGACAGACCCGUCGCAGGCCUGGUCGUCUCAUGAAGGAGAUGUCGAUGCGUCGGAGGAAGAGACUAGUACCGUGGAGGAUGGCGGAGUCUUCAUCGGAAACAUGGACGAUUCUGAGGAAGAAGACGGCGAAGCUCUUUCAGAUUGGACAGACGAGGUUUGA